AUGCAUCCUGUUAGCACCGCCGUCGCCGUCCUUGCCUUCUCAUGCGUUGUGACCGCUGCAGCUGUUGAACGCAAUUCGGGCUUUGGUGAUGGUCAGCCCAUCAGUGAGGAUGGCAAAGGCGCUCCCAUCCUAGGUGGCACCGAUAAUCACAUUGACAUUCAGAACCCGGACAAUCUAGGCCAGCAAAGCACCGACAGCGGCACCGUCCCCAACCUCAAGUGGCGCUUUUCUGACUCCAAGAACCGUAUAUUCAAGGGUGGUUGGAGUCGCCAGUCGGUUGUAACAGACUUGCCCAGUAGCCGAGAUAUUGCUGGUGCUCAGCAGCAUCUGACCAAGGGUUCCAUCCGCGAACUUCACUGGCACCGCGUGGCUGAAUGGGGCUACGUAUAUGCUGGCUCUGUCCUUGUGUCUGCCGUUGACCACAACGGGCAGUACCAAGUCGCCAAGCUCGAAGUUGGUGAUGUGUGGUACUUUCCACCAGGCGAAGGCCACACCGUGCAGGGCUUAGAUGAUGAGAAUGAGUUCCUGUUGGCAUUUGACGACGGCGAUUUCGAUGCCAGAGGAACCACAUUCAACGUCGACGACUGGAUAGCUCGCACACCGAGACACAUUCUUGCCAAGAACUUUGGCCUACCUGCAGAGGUCUUCUCCAAUGUUCCUGCCACCAACCCUACCAUCCAGAACGGCAACAUCUCCACAUCGACCGUCACUGGUGGCGCUGGUGAGCUGUCCGGUAACGCGUCGUUCGUGUACUACGCCAAGGACCAUGACCUCCAGGACAUCCCUGGUGGUGGCGGCACGCUGCGCAUCAUUGACACCACCACGUUCCCAGCUUCCAAGACGAUCGCCGCCACCGUGGUGACGCUGACACCGGGGAGCCUGCGCGAGCUGCACUGGCAUCCAAACGCUGAGGAGUGGUUAUACUUUCACAAGGGCAAGGCCCGAGCCACGGUAUUCCUUGGAACAGGCUUGGCCCGGACAUUCGAUUUCUCUGCUGGUGACACGGGAGUAUUCCCUUCGAACAGUGGCCACUACAUUGAGAACAUCUCGGAAGACGAAGACCUUGUGUGGAUCGAAAUCUACAAGAGCGACAGAGUUCUUGAUAACCCCCUGACGCAGUGGCUUGCGCUCACUCCAGCAGAUCUGGUCGCCCAGGUCCUGAGGAUCCCCCUUGAUAUUGCGCAGAAUUUGAAGAAAGAGAAGCAGGUUCUGGUCAAAGGAUCGUCUUAA